AUGCUGCCAGCGACGGCAGAAGAAAUCACCAAUGUUUCUAUGUAUACGGAAGUUGUAAAUAAAUUGGUUGCAUGCAUUGUGAAUGCGGUCAAUGAUGGCAAGAGUGUCACAGCAGCAAAUAAGCGCCUCAUCACAGUUGCUUCCGAAGAAAUAAGGAGAGCCAAUUUGGUACUUACUAAUAUUACAUCCACGUUGUCUAGUCCCGCUGAGGACCUCAAAAAUGAUAUUAUCACUUGUGUGCGUGAAGAAAUUACUCAUCUUAAGAAAUCAAUUAGCAGCCCUUCUCUAGGCCGAUCCUCUUAUGCUCAAGUUGUUUCUUCAAGCGCUAAUCAAUCACUCACGAUAAACAACCACGGUGCUCCCCUCCCCGCAACCAAACCAGCGUUAAUCGUCACUCCAAAAACAGAAGUUAAAAAUAAGCAGGAAGUUAUCGACGUUUGGCGCAAAAGUAUCAGCUUCCGUGCCACCAGAUAUGCACCUGCUCACGUUCAAACAGUGUCACACAAUAAAUUAAGGGUCGAGUUCGAUAACGAACAGCAGCGUGACGAAACUCUAACACGUUUAUUGAACUCAAAGGUAGUUCAGGUAACAGCUGAACCUGCACGAAAACUUAGACCCAUGAUAAUCCUCAAGGGAAUUUCUGUUGACACUCCAACUGAAGAAUUAGUGGAUAUUAUUAAAAUGCAAAAUGCUGAACUAUCUGAUACCAUUACAGAACAGGAUGACUUAAAAUUUUGCUUCAAACGCAGUAACAGAAACCCUCACCUAUACAAUGCAGUUUUUCGGGCUCAACCCACAGUGUGGCGAAAAAUCAUCAGCAUGUGUAAAUUAUCUAUCGAUCAUCAGCGUAUACACGUUGAGGAAUUUUCACCAUUUAUGCAAUGUCAUAAAUAA